AUGGAGAAAGUCGACACCACAGAGAGGCUUGCCAAGCUUCGAGAGCUCAUGAAAGAGUCAAAAGUAGACGUCUACAUCAUACCAUCUGAAGACAGUCAUCAGUCGGAAUACAUAGCAGCCUGCGACGGCCGAAGAGAGUUCAUAUGUGGCUUCUCCGGCUCUGCAGGUACAGCUGUCGUUACACUGGAAAAGGCGGCUCUGGCUACCGAUGGACGUUAUUUCAACCAGGCCGGGAAACAAUUGGACAGCAACUGGGAGCUCCUGAAACAAGGCCUUCAGGAUGUGCCGACAUGGCAAGAAUGGACUGCUGAUCACUCGCAAGGGGGUAAGAGCGUUGGAGUGGACCCUACAAUUAUUACUGCUCCCGAUGCACGGAAGCUUGCCGACAAAAUUAAAAAGAAGGGUGGUUCUGGUCUCGUUGCAGUCAAGGACAAUCUGGUAGACGCUGUAUGGGGGUCUGCGAAGCCAUCUCGGCCUGUCGAGCCUGUAAAAGUGCAACCCAUUGAAUUUGCUGGCAAAAACACCGAAGAGAAACUAGCAGAUCUGAGGAAAGAACUCGAGAAGAAGAAGAGUGCUGGCUUCGUAGUUUCUAUGCUUGACGAGAUUGCCUGGCUUUAUAACCUCCGAGGCAACGACAUCCCUUACAAUCCCGUAUUCUUUUCGUAUGCUGUAGUCACACCCACGAAGGCGACGCUUUAUAUCGACGAUUCAAAGCUCAGCGAUGAGGUUAAGUCUCAUUUAGGCUCUACAGUAGACAUUAGGCCGUACGAGGCCGUUUUCAGUGAUAUUAAUGCCCUCGGAGUCGCUUUGACGGAAUCCAAAGCACCUUCAAAAUACCUGAUAUCCAAUAAAGCAUCUUGGGCCCUCAGCCAAAGUCUUGGCGGCGAAGACAAGGUAGAGGAAGCUCGGUCUCCAAUUGCCGACGCCAAAGCCAUCAAGAAUGAUACCGAACUGGAAGGCAUGAGGCAAUGUCAUAUCCGGGAUGGCGCUGCGCUGAUAGAAUACUUCGCAUGGCUUGAGAACAAGCUCACUCGAGAGGGAGUUCAACUCGACGAAGUUCAAGGAGCUGACAAGCUCGAACAAAUCCGAAGUAAACACAAGAACUUCGUAGGGCUUUCGUUUGACACCAUUUCUUCGACUGGUGCAAACGCGGCUGUCAUUCAUUACAAGCCGGAACCAGGUAACUGCUCUACCAUUGAUCCGAAAGCAAUCUAUCUCUGCGAUUCGGGAGCACAGUAUCUGGAUGGGACCACCGACACUACACGUACGCUGCAUUUUGGUGAGCCCACCGAGCUUGAGGUCCGAGCCAACACACUGGUAUUAAAAGGACAUAUUGCUCUGGACACCAUCAAAUUCCCCAAAGGCACAAGUGGCUUUGCUCUCGAUACUUUGGCUCGUCAGCACCUCUGGGCGGAAGGGCUCGACUACAGGCAUGGCACUGGCCAUGGGAUUGGAUCGUACCUGAAUGUGCACGAGGGUCCGAUCGGCAUCGGCACUCGAAUACAGUAUUCCGAAGUAUCGCUCUCGGUAGGCAAUGUCAUCUCGAACGAACCCGGGUAUUAUGAAGACGGCAACUUUGGCAUUCGCAUCGAAAACGUCAUAAUGGUCAAGGAAGUUGAGACUAAGCAUAGAUUUGGAGACAAGCCAUACCUCGGUUUUGAACACGUCACAAUGGUCCCAUACUGCAGGAAGCUCAUUGACGUAAGCAUGUUGACGCCUGAGGAGAGGCAAUGGUUGAACGACUAUAAUAAGGCAGUCCUUCAGAAGACGAAGAGUCUGCUUGAAGGCGAUGAGCUGAGCCUGCGAUGGUUGGAAAGGGAGACGCAGCCGUAUUAA